AUGGCCGCCUCGCAGCGUGGUGCCUCUGUAGGCUUCGCCGUGUCGUUUGACGGCUACGAGUCGCCCACCGAGGACAACCAGCCCGGGUUUUUCUUUGGGCCGACGCCGACGCCUUCUGGAGCCACGACGCCGGCGAGGGUCUCGAUAUCCGCUGCCACGCAAAGCGUCGCUGCCGUCACGUUUCUUGAACGGGCUCACCCGCGUUUGCAGCGUUUGCAACGCUUGCAGCAUGCUCGGCAGCAGCCUCCAAGUCGCGAUCCCAGUCCCGAUGCGUAUCAGUCCUCGAUUGGGCCCUCUAAUCUUGAUUCUGUGCUGGAUGAGGAGAAAGGCAGCUCAUCCCGCAAAGUUGGACUCAAGGACCGCAUUGCUUGCUAUCAAUGGACCUUUUUCACUAUGACAAUGGCGACCGGAGGAGUGGCCAGCGCUCUUCAUGGAUUGGUCUAUCAAGCCGAGUGGGUGAAUGGCUUUGGAGUCUUCUUCUGCCUCCUUAACAUUGUGCUCUUCCUCAUCAACUGCGUAUUGCUAUCCAUGCGGUUUUACUUGCGCCCUGGAAGUCUCACCAAAUCGUUUACGGACCAAGUAGAGUCCCUGUUUAUACCCGCCUUUUUUGUCUCUAUUGCCGUUAUUCUCAUCAACAUAUGCCAAUUUGGCGUCCCGCAUUGUGGUGUUUGGCUCCUGAAAACUUUGCAAAUCCUAUUCUGGCUAUACACCGGUCUGAGCGCCGUUGCAAGUGCUGGACUGUAUCUCAUCCUGUGGUCUACACUAAUAUUCCCGAUUCAUAUGAUGACUCCGACUUGGGUUUUCCCUGCGUACCCGCUCAUGCUCACUGCACCGUUUGCCUGCAACCUCAUCGCCGCAGCUGAAGCCACGGGCCGUAUCGACGUGCUAUAUGCCCCGGCCGUUGCUCUAUCGGCUGUUGCAACCCAAGGCACGGGAUGCUUGAUCUCUCUCAUGAUAUCUGCCGCCUUCAUAUACCGGCUGAUGACACAAAAAUUGCCCAGGGAUUUUCAACGGCCUGGUGUUUUCAUCUCAAUUGGGCCAUAUGCUUUCACCGCUGGAUCUCUCGCACAACUCGGGAGCGAGGCCCGUGCUAUCCUACCAGCCGACUUUCUCGACACGCAAAACAGCGCCGACAUUAUCAAGAUAAUCUCCAUUCUCGUGGCCCUUUGGUUCUGGGGCCUUUCCAUGUGGUUCUUCCUCGUCUCUGUCGGAUCUCUAUGGAAAUAUCUGCGUACACGAAAGGGCAUGCCGUUCCAGAUGACAUGGUGGUCGUUUGUCUUUCCAAAUACGGCUCUCGUCUCCGCAACCGAAAUCAUGGGGAACAUCUUUGAAAGCAGGGGGCUGCAGCUUUUCGGGUGCGCCAUGACGAUUGCUCUCGUCAUUGCGUGGGUUAGCAUUUUCGCAACAAUGGUCGCUUGCAUCAAGCAGAAGAAGCUGCUCUGGCCGAAGUCCAAAUCGUAA